AUGGAUGUGCACCAGAGCACCACCCUCCCUUCCCCUGAGAAACGGUGUCCAGAGACCUCACCUUCUGGCUGCAGGAAACACCACGCUGUCAGGAAAAGACUGAAGUUCAUUCGAAUCUUAGGCCUUUUCAUGGGCCUGGUCGCCAUCAGCAUGGUCCCAUUUUCAAUCAGCGUCUUUUCCGAGACAGAGACACAGAGCACAGGAGAGGCUGGUGGUGCAGCCAGCCCCGGGGUGGCCCACGGCUACCGGCAGAGAACUCUCCUAGAUUUAAACGACAAGAUUCCGGAUUACACGUCACAGCCGCCUCUUUCUGAGGAAGGCGCAUCUGAGAACAGUACCGAUGAGGACCAAGGGAACUACCCAAGAGACAUCUUUUCCCUCGAGGAUCGACGCAAAGGCGCCAUCCUCCUCCAUGUCAUUGGGAUGAUCUACAUGUUCAUAGCCUUGGCCAUCGUCUGCGAUGAGUUCUUUGUUCCUUCGUUGACUGUCAUCACUGAAAAGCUGGCCAUCUCUGAUGAUGUUGCCGGAGCCACCUUUAUGGCUGCCGGGGGCUCGGCCCCAGAACUGUUCACGUCUCUCAUAGGAGUGUUUAUUGCUCACAGCAAUGUGGGCAUAGGCACGAUCGUGGGCUCCGCGGUGUUCAACAUCCUCUUUGUGAUUGGCAUGUGCGCGCUGUUCUCCAGAGAAAUCUUGAACCUGACCUGGUGGCCCCUCUUCCGGGAUGUGUCCUUCUACAUCAUCGACUUGAUCAUGCUGAUCAUAUUUUUCCUGGACAACAUCAUCAUGUGGUGGGAGAGCCUGCUUCUCCUCACAGCUUACUUCGUCUACGUGAUCUUCAUGAAGUUCAACGUCCAGGUGGAAAGAUGGGUGAAGCAAAUGAUAAGCCGCAAUAAAGUCGUCAAGGUGGCAGCGCCAGAGGCCCAAGCAAAGUCAUUUACAGUCAGGGACAAGGAUGAACCGACUCUGCCGGCCAAGCCACGUCUCCAGCGAGGUGGAAGCUCUGCCUCCCUCCACAAUAGCCUCAUGAGGAAUAGCAUCUUCCAGCUCAUGAUACACACCCUCGACCCACUCGCUGAAGAGCUUGGAUCAUAUGGAAAACUAAAAUAUUAUGACACAAUGACUGAAGAAGGGAGGUUCAGAGAAAAGGCUUCCAUUCUCCACAAGAUUGCCAAGAAGAAGUGCCAGGUGGAUGAGAACGAGAGGCAGAAUGGGGCUGCCAAUCACGUGGAAAAAAUCGAGCUGCCCAACAGCACCAGCACGGAAGUGGAAAUGACGACAUCCAGUGAUGCUUCAGAGCCCGUGCAAAACGGCAACCUCUCCCACGGCAUUGAAGCUGUGGAGGCCCAGCAGACCGCAGAAACGGGUGAUGACGAGGAGGACCAGCCUCUCAGCCUAGGCUGGCCUUCCAACCCCCGCAAGCAAGUCACAUUCCUGAUUGUCCUCCCCAUCGUGUUCCCUCUCUGGCUCACCUUGCCCGAUGUCCGCAAGCCUUCCGCAAGGAAGUUUUUCCCCAUCACGUUCUUCGGCGCUAUCACCUGGAUCGCAAUAUUCUCUUACUUAAUGGUCUGGUGGGCACACCAGGUUGGAGAGACAAUUGGCAUUAGUGAGGAGAUUAUGGGUCUGACCAUCUUGGCUGCUGGGACCUCCAUCCCUGACCUUAUCACCAGUGUCAUAGUAGCGCGGAAGGGGCUUGGGGACAUGGCUGUAUCCAGCUCUGUCGGAAGCAACAUUUUUGACAUCACCGUAGGGCUUCCACUGCCCUGGCUGCUGUUCACCAUGAUCCACAGGUUCCGGCCCGUGGCCGUGAGCAGCAAUGGCCUCUUCUGUGCCAUCGUCCUGCUCUUCAUCAUGCUGCUCUUCGUCAUCCUCUCCAUCGCCCUCUGCAAGUGGCGCAUGAACAAAGUGCUGGGCUUCAUCAUGUUCGGCCUCUACUUCGUGUUCCUCGUGCUCAGCGUGCUCCUCGAAGACCGGAUCCUCGAGUGCCCGAUCUCCAUCUAG